AUGGAACCACAGAACGCAAAGGUGUUGGAUAGUGGAAGACGAGUUCUGAUUGAUCUGAAGAGAAAGCGAGCAGCACAAUGCGCAGUGCAUUUCACUCGUGCUGCUCGCAAGUCGGUAUCGCAGAGGACUACUACCCUGGACCAGCCCUCAGAGAGGCGUUGCAAGAGGGUGAGAUCUGGUGGCUGCAAAAACGACUGCAGGUGCCGUUUCAGGAAAUCUGUGCUUAAGAACUAUUCGAAUUUUAUGAAGAGCGGGUUGCCGCAGCGUUUACUUUUCUAUCGGAAUGAUGAGUGGAAUGAUUUUCCAGAGGAAGUCAUUGCUUUGCUGAGGGAAGAUUUCAGAACAAAGAAGGCAAUUGCUGAACUGACGUUGCAGGGCCAUCGCUUAUUGUUUGAUUUCUUGCACAUGGUUCAGAUCGAUUUUGAAACAGCUUUGCAGCUGCCUAUAGCUUGGAUUGAUGAAUAUAACACCUGCUUCUUUCCAGAAUUAUACUCCGAUAUUAAUGAGUUGCAUGGCUACCAUGGUUCUUAUGGUGGAAGGGAACAGCCAAAUGUGAGUCCGGAACCAAACGGGACACGUGAAAUCAAGGUGCAACUUGAGAUUGCAAUAAGUGCCGCUGAUAGUUCAAAGUCAGAGGAAUGUGAUGUUCCUCAUGUUAAGCGGCUUAAAAUAGAAGAAAAACCAAAACCCUCUAGCAACUUUUAUGAGCUGGAACAAGUUUACACCACUGGUGAUAAACCAGAUGCAGAACUCAAGGAAGUCAUUGGCGAAAAUGAACCAUUUACAUUUCCUGCUCUGCAAAAUCCUGGUUUUGAAUAUUUUCAUGGCAGCUUAGUCAAACUGGUUAGUGGUGGAAGAGACUAUGAUGCCGUGAAGACCAUGCUCCUUGUAGGUUUAAGCCAAUUCAUUGAUGCGGACAGCAUUGUCGGAAUUUACCGUGCUUCACUAAGCAAUUCGGGGCAAACUCGGUUGCAGCUUUUUCAGAAGCAGGUUGAGAUCACCAAAAAUUUCCGUGGAAAUGCAAAUGUUUGCUAUGCUUGGCUUGGUGCUUCAAAAGAAGCUUUAUCAGGGAUCAUGCUUAAUGGGUUUGGGCACAAUGUAAAGCCAAAAUUCAAGCCCGUCUAUGGCACUGGCAUUCAUCUUACCCCGGUGAACUGCUCCAAUGUCAGUGCCAGGUAUUCUGAUGUUGACGAAAAUGGUAUACGACAUAUGGUGUUGUGUCGUGUUAUAAUGGGGAACAUGGAACUUGUUCAUCCUGGAUCUGAACAAUUUCAGCCCAGCAGUGAAAACUUUGAUAGCGGCGUAGAUAAUCUUCAAAACCCAAAGCAUUACAUAAUAUGGAAAACUUAUAUGAAUACGCACAUAUAUCCAGAAUAUACUGUCAGUUUCAGGGUGCCUCCUAGCAUCGAAGACUUGUUGGUCAGUAAAGAAAGCAAAUCUGACGUGUCAGGGAUUACACAUUCUACUCCUCUUUGUAACCAAUUGCAGGAUGCAUCGCCUAUUAAUUUGGUAGUGGAAUCUCAUCAAUUUUCGGCUUCCAUUAAGCAAUAUCAAGAAAAGGCUGGGGGUUUUGGUUCAAGAGCACCCAAGACUCCUAAAUCACCUUGGAUGCCUUUCCCUAUGUUGUUUGCUGCAAUCUCAAGAAAAAUUCCUCCUAAAGAUAUGAACUUAGUCGAUCUUCACUAUGGUGAAUUUAAGAGGAGAAAGAUAAGCCGUGAUGAGUUUAUUAGGAAGCUGAGACAGAUUAUUGGGGACAAGUUAUUGAGGUCUGCAAUAGAGAGUCUUCAGUGCAAGUCACGUUCAGUGCCCGCGGAGGGCGAAUCAAUGGCAUAGAAGAAGGCUUCAAACUAAUGUGUGAUUGGGCCGAAGUGCAUCUCCCGCUGUCUCUGACUGAACAAUCCAAAAACCAAAAAAGAAGAAAAAAAAUGAAGGAAAAAAAGAGGAAAUGUUGAUUGCAAGCUGCAGCUUGAGCUUUCCUCAGCUUGUUUCUGUAGGAUCUUUAUCCCGGUUAGACGAAGAUGCGUCUUGCUAGCUAGGAAAUGUGUCGACAUGAAAAAAAAAACUGGACCGUAUUGAGUAUACAGAGACGGUAUUGAUUUGGUUAGUUGUAAUGCUUUAGGGAAAUCAGGUGUACGCUUGAUAUUUCGCUAUCUA